UUCGCAAUCGCAUUCCGUAAUGAAUUUUGUAUUAUCUAUGUAGUGUAUACCUACUGCUUGGUGUAUUAUAUUUAUGUGAUGACAAGUAGCUAGCAGUACCGAUAACUGGUUGACGAUUUAUUUUAUGAAUUUUGUAUCUACUCGAUUAAAUAAUUGCAGUGUAUUAAGUAGGAGAUGUAGUUUGAAUAACAAAUCAUCAUCAACAGUGUACAUACUUAUUAAAUUAGUACUUAGCAGAAGUUACUUAAUAGAUUGAGAUGUGAGGUGACAUGUUUUUAUAUGUUUGCUUUGUCGAUGUUCAAUGUGAUCGCGAAGAAAAUCUCUAAAUGUUAUGUAGGCUCGGUUGAGCAUUAAAAACAUACGAUACCAUAAUGCCUGUUCAGCAAAUUAAUGUGAAGAACUCUUCGGAUAUUGAGAGUUGGGAAUGGGGAGGAGGAUGUGGUAGAGAGGUGAUUCGUACGGGGUCAGGGAGCAGUCGCACGUCAUGUAGCAACUCCAGCGGCGAUAUUUGCCGCAUAUGCCACUGUGAGAGCGAGCCUCAUAAUCCUCUUCUAGCACCAUGUUAUUGUUCAGGAAGUUUGAAAUAUGUUCAUCAGAGCUGUUUACAACAGUGGCUGACUGCAUCAGAGACAAGAUCUUGUGAACUCUGCAAAUUCAAUUUUAUCAUGCAUACCAAAAUAAAGCCAUUUAAUGAGUGGCGUUUGUUAGAGAUGUCGGGUGUGGAGCGCCGGCGACUGUGCUGUGCUGUACUGUUCCACUGUGUCGCUGCACUCUGCGUCAUGUGGUCCCUCUUUGUACUUAUUGAACGAGCUGUUGAAGAGGUCAACCGUGGCAUGAUUGCAUGGCCUUUUUGGACAAAAUUGGUAGUAGUGGCUGUGGGAUUUACUGGCGGCGCAGUUUUCAUGUACAUACAAUGUCGGCAAUAUCUGCAUCUUUGCAAUCGUUGGCGAGCACACAACAGGAUACUGUUAAUUCAAAAUGCGCCCGAGAAGAUCCCGAUCGGAGGUGGAUCUCCACCCGUGAGAGUAAAGAGACGCGAGAGGAGCGCGCGCGGGCAAGUGAUCGCCAACAUCGAGCCUCCGCCGCCGCCCGCCGCCUACCACGAGGAGGACGAGAGCGGCGGCUUCGAGACCUACCGCGGCAACCCGCACCGCCGUCUGUCCGCGCUGCCCGACCCGCGCCCCGACGACACGCGCCGCUACUCCGACACGCGGCUGGCGCAGGCCUGCGACGACGCCGUCUCCGCCGAGCGCGGCGCCGGCGUCUACCACAUCAGCGUGGACCCGCUCGAGGCCGACAUCCGCUCGCUGCUGGCGCUGGAGGCGCGCCGCGCCGCCCGGGCCGCGCGCUCGCUGCCCAACCUGCGGGCUUCGCGGGAGACGCUGCUCCCUGCGACCCCGGCCUGCCCGGGUCCCGCGGCGGGCCCCGCUAGCGGCCCGCCCGCGGCCGGGGUCCCGACGCCGCCCCCCGCGGCUUCCUGAGGCCCGCUCCUGCUGUACCCCGACGACACGGUGUACUAGCGGGUACUAGCGGCGCAGACCUGUGCGAAGUGUGCUUGGUGCGUGUACAUACUGACAUGGAUCUUGUAAAUACUUAUUAUCAUAAUAAUAGUUCAGGCGUCGCUCGUAAGGCUACCGCAAGACCGCCCGAUAGAUACUUAUUCCCUGUCCUUGCGUUUUGUACCAUAACGUCCAUAUGUGUACAUAGCGUAAACAAAUUUAACUCCAUGUUUUUCGUGAUAGCAAUAUUAAGUAAUUAAGAUUUGAUAGUAGACAGCUUGCAAAAUAUAAUUAGUAAGUAAUAGGUAUGAUACUGUUUCCAGGGGUAAUACCUUGUAGAAAAUUGUCCAUGUACAUUAAUCCAGUUGUACAAUACUUCUUAAACUUACUCCAGCCUUCAAAGAGCCAUUUUAAUAAAAAACAUGCUUUCUGAUAUUUGACAUAUAAAUUACAAGUCCAUACUACUAAAUUACAUAUCCAUAUCAGAUACUGUGAAGCAUGUGCUAUGAGAGUUUUUGGAACUGCAUACAUGUAACAGUAUAAUAUCCAGUUAGUUAUAU